CCUACUGUUGUUUGGUUGAUAUGCGAUUCAUAGAAGACAGGGCCAACGCAGUGAGACUUGAGUAAACCUGCUUUUCCCUACACUCGCACGCCACCGUUUUGUGGCUGGAAGACACCUUAUCAUACUUCUCAUAGCUUAAGCAUAUACAAUUUUGCCUGUAACGUGGUUUGACGUUGCGCGGAGCCCAAGCGGAACAUCGCUUGGCGGAGGCAGCGAAAGCUAGCUGACGAUGAAGUUCCUGCGUCGAUGCUUCUGUGUACCACCAACUCGUAGCGCGGACCUUUCGGCGGAGAAUGGUGCCGGUGGGGAAGCCCCGCGCUUUGCAAGCGCACUACACGGUAAAGAGUUGGCCGUACGUCGGAGCUCUACCACCGGGCCCGCUCUCGAUUAUGUGCUGGACGAGGACUCGGGCCCCGCGCAGCUGAGCAACAUGCUGCAAGAGCAGGGAUCCUGGCGCCUCCAGCGGGGUGACAUGACAGCCGUGGAGUGCGUCCGCUACGUGACGCGCAGUCCACACGUCUCUUCAGGCGGCGCGCCUCCCCCCACGAGCUUGUCUGGAGGCGGUGCAGGCUUCUUCGGCCCGCGGAGCAGCCAGGAUGGCCAAGCGCACGAGGGCUUGCAUGAAGUCAGGCGCCGCUCAUCUGCGGGCGGGGCACCGGUCAGCACGCGCAGCCACCGCAACUCCAGCGGAGGCAGCGUCGAGUACGAAGUGCAUUCAUGCUACUUCAAUCCGCUGGUGGAGGGCUCAGCGGAAGCGGAAGCUGAGUGCGAUACGGCCGAGGCGCAGGAGCCAGCCCCGCAGCCCGUGCAGAAGCCUGCUGAGGCAGUUGAGGCUGCGGCACUCAUGGAGGUGGCUGCAGAAGUGCCGUUGGACGCCGUGCACGCGUGCAGCUCGGGAGUUAGCGGCCGCGUGACGCCUGGCGACGCCCUAACAAAGCUCUCACGCAGCUGCAGUACAGGUCGUAGCAGUUGGAGCAGCGUGUCUGGUGCGAGUGAGGUGGACGUGCUGGCGGCAGCGGCCACUGCAGCUGUCGCACCAGAGGCGCCGGCGACCCCGCUGCAGUGUGUCUCCAGUCAGCAGCUCGGCCUGCUGCACACCCUCUCCACCGCCAGCAGCAGCAGUGCCAGCGGCGAUAGGAACAGCAACCAGACUCUUCUGGUGCGGCAGUCUGCAUCCUAUUCAUGUGAGGACGCGAGCGGCGUGGCAACGGCGCAGCCUGCGGAGGCUCCCGCGUCAGCAUGCCGGGCAGAGCUAGCAGCAGCGCGCGCAGCACCCUCCACCUCUGGCAUCAACGCUGAUGAGCGGCUGGAGCGCGCACAGGCUCACAAAGUGGAGCAAUGUCCAGCAGCCGCCGCGGCGGCUGGGUCAUUUGCUGCCUCUUUCAGCUCUGCUGCGGGGCGGCGGCACAAGCGCACCCAGUCCUCCUACCUGGACCUGGCGGUAGCUGCAGAGCGGCUGUCCGAGGCGCUGUCCGAACAUGCCAGCUACAUCUGCCUGCUCCCGCCGCCGGCUCUGCGGCCGGCGUCGCCGCAGAAGGCGCACUGGGUGUCAUCACCGGCAGUCCUCGCCGCCUACGAAUGUCUGGACUCGCCCCAGCGUCAGCAGCCGCAGAUGCAGACUUGCAAUACACAAGCAGUGCGAUGCAUGGAAAGCGGCGACUGCUGUGUUGGAGAUUCGGACGAGUCGACCGGCACUGCUGUGGCCACCUCCAUCGCAAACCACGCGGCGAAGCAGGCGACAGAGGAGCGAAGCCAGGAGCAGCACUCAGCGCCAGAGGUGUGGCCUGAGCCGGCGGGGCAAGUGCACUCACCGGAGCCUGCUCCCUGUCCCCAGAUCCCCUGCGCCUGUGGCUGCAUGCGGGCGGGCUGCAGCGUCCCCGGCCUGUGCAUGACGCGCGCGCUCAUCAAGCAGAUGCACCUGGCCUCCCGCGCGGCGCUGCUGUCGGAACCGACUGAGGCGCCAGCCGAGCCUUCGGGCGCUGCGGGUGCCGACACAGCGGCGGGGCACGUAUCUGCAGGGUCGCCCUUUGCCGCUGCCUUCGCCUCAGCAGAGGCGGCGCUGAUGGGGCGCUCCAGGGCGGCGGCAAAGGGUUCCUGCGAUGGCGGCGGCAGCGUCUCCAGCUCCGAGGGGGGCGCGGUGGUCACCUGCGUCGUCGUCAUACCCAGGCCGGGCACCAAGUGCCAGCUAGAUGCCGACACAGAGGAUCAGGCGCCGCAGGUUGCUGCGGCUGAGGUCGGAGGCCUGCAGGGGCAGGAGUGGCUUGUGGCCCGGAGCACCAGCUCAAGCAGCUCGGAGAGCGGCGAGUCCACCGCGAGUGCAGCGCUGUGCAGUGUGCACAGCUCCUGGCGCCAGCCCAUGACGUGGACGCCGCUGCGUGAGCGAUGCGCUGCCGCUCGGGCGCCGGCGCCGCCCGGCGCUUGCGUCAUUACGGCGAAGGGCAGCGAGGCAGUGCAGGCGGCGUGUGUAGUGGAGGGCCCUGGGGUAUCGUGCGCGGAACUGCUGACCACAGGCGUUACCGAGCCGUCCGCAGCGGCAUGGCUGCCGUUGCGGGAGCGCUAUGCUUGGAUGACGCGGUCGGGUCGGCAGCGGGGUGGGCUUGAGAUGGAAACGCGACGUGUGUAGGCAUUCGGCAUGCCGUCGUGCAUGUCGGUCAGGGCGUGCAGGUUGCGCCGAUGUCCCGCGGAAACCUGUUUGCCAGGCUGGGCGCAGUAAAUUGCUUGCGACUUGUAUGUUGGCUGUGUGUGUGACAUUUGUGCGCGCGUUGUGGUGCGGCGACGGUGCCGAAUGAGCCGAGCGGCGCUUCAUUGUUUCUCUGAUGGAUGCAUAAGCCUUAUUGCUGGGUGCGCUGAGACAUUGCGCUGGGAGACACUUCAUUGCACUACUGAGCAGGGUGUAUGUGUGAUUUAUUACGCACAGUAGUCUGAGCCUCUCCAGUCGAACGCCCAGCCGCUGCGCCGAUGCUGGCGACGGAAACUCCUUAGAUGCAUAGCUAAUUGAUACUGUAAGGGGGAUAGCUCUGGCUUGGGGGCAACGCGUGCGAGGAGCCACAUUUAUGUGUGCGCCCUGAGGGCGCGCGUGCAGGUAGGGUGUGCCAGAAACUGGUUCUAUUGUAGCCGAGGGUGUUGCUGGUUUGAUUGUUGGCUCGCGAAGAAGCCGGGACAAGUGGAGGGCACAUGCUCGAUUUCUCAGUGAAAUGUGGUAUCUUGCCUGCACGAACAAGCAGCAAAGGAGGGUCAGGGGCUUUGGUUGUAGUCUUCCAGAUGUAAAACCCAUGCUCU